AUGCGAUUUGAUUUGCGUCCAUAGCACUGUGGCAUUUUUCUAAAUAAGAAUUAAUUAGUUAAUGCACUGGAGAAAUAAAACAGUACUGUGCAGUUGAAUGAUUACAAACGUGUAGUUUUAUAAGGCGUUAACCAAGUGCUCGUAUAUUUAUUGAAAUCGUUACAAUGACCCCUGAGUUCACGGCUACACUUGCUAGCGUAUCGUGAUAUACCAACCAUCAUGAUAAAAAUAUUACUAACAAUUUUGAUGUUACAUUACUCGUAAUUUGACGGUAUUAACGAUCGUAAAAAGUGUAAUCUCUCAGGACACUGAGUUUUCGAUGUUAUGAUCAAUAAAUGGUUAACUCCGUAGUUGAACGUCCAGGCGGCAUGGUGUUACUGUGACAUUGCGAUUUGGAAAUAUGUAAAUAAACAUGAACGAUAUAAGCGUGAAAAUAGUGGAUUUUGGUAAGGAACAGACGGGAGUCGAUAUUGUGGCUCCAGUGGAUACAGUGCCUGAAAAUGAAGUGGAUCCUCUAGCGAUAGACGACUCAAAGGUCAAAGAAGAAGCGGAAGUGGUCGAGACGGUCGAGGUACUGGAAGUGCCGGAUAAGCCGGAAGUUGAGAAAACGGUGGAAAGCUGUGAUCAGAAUGCCAAAGAUGAGAAUUUAAGUGUGAAACAGGAUUUGGAAAGUGAGGAGUUGAAAUUGCAGACACAACAGAUUAAAGAAGAUCUACUGAAAGAAGAUACUAUAUCAUUAGCAAGUACCACAGAGGAUCCUACAGAAGAACCGGAAACCCUUCAAAAUGGUGCUGACUUUGAGGCCACGCAACCAGAAUCAGAACCAAUAGCAGCACCCACCGAAGAUGUAGAACCCAUCCCUGAAGAGGCAAUAGAGGUUCCGGAAGUCACUGAGGCUCCUGCCCCAAUUCCUGAAACCCCAACAGUAUCAGACUCAGUUGUAUCAGAAGGCAAUACAGACCCAACUGUGGUAACACCUAUUGUUCUGACAGUCCCCUUCGCUCCUGCUGUGUCAUUAACACCAACUGUAGCUGCACCAGUAGAACCUGCUAUCUCAGUGGUGCCAUCAGUCUCUGUAGCUCCAUCUUACCCAACACAGGCUGUGGCAGUGGCACCAAUUAUCCCAGCAGCACCAAUUGUACCUACACCACCAACUAUCACUGUACCAACAGUUCCUAUAACACCAACUCUAUCAGCAAUCCCUGCUAUUCCUUUAACCUCGGCUGUUUCAAUAUCUCCAGUCUCUGCUUCAGUCACACCAGCUGUAUCAAAACUUUUUCCAGUAUCUACAGCUCUUCCAGCGCCCACUGCUUCACCAGUCCUCCCUUCCCCUGUUAUCCUUUCUAUCCCAGAGACACAAGUGAAAGAGCCAAGUCCGCCUAAAGAAGUGCCUGUGACGGUAAAGGAGGAAGAGGUGAAAUUGCUGGAGAGAAUAGUUGAGAAGGUGGUGGAGGCCGAUGUGGAGAUGAUUGAGGCUCCGAUCAAAGUGAAAACUGAGGAGAACACUGCCAAACAGACUGUUAAUGGGGAUGUUGCUAAGGAGGAGCAAGCAACAAAACGACGAUCGAGCGAAGAAGCCGAAACUGAAUCUCCACUCAAGAAACUCUGCCAGGAAGUAGAAAAGACAUUCCCUCAGCACGACACUAUGAUCAAUGACUACAUACAGACCGCCACCAAGAACAACAUCGACGAAAUACAAAGGCACACUGAGCAAUUACUCUCAGAGAUCCAGACACUAAGGGAACUAGCGCAGAAAAAAGAACACGAAUGGAACAACAUACUACACUUAAAGAAAGUCAAAGAGGAGAUACUACUGAGGUUACUGCGUAGAAAACAAGUGCUAUCGUUUGAAAAGGCAGCCGAUGUCAACGGAUCAGACCGCACUGAUCCUUUCGACUACCUAAACCAAGCUAAGAACUUAGCUAUAGAUAAAAGCGAUGAGAUAUCAGGGUUGUCGCUUAAACCGCCUUGCUCUACUAUGAAUCCUAUAAUACAACCGCCGGUUAUGCCGGUGACGACGCAUUUCAACCCUAUGGUAGGGUUGCCACCGCCUUAUGACAAAGCAGCUCACAUGCAGAACAUGCCUAAGCCAGUAUUCCCUCAACCGCUUCUACUACCUGGUCCGACCAUGCCGGGUUUCCCUAGAGACAUGAACGGGCAGCUCCCUACAGGUUUUGGUAUGCCGAUGGGCCGCCAAGGGCCUACUAAGGAUGUCAAGUCUAUUAUAGCGGACUAUAGACAGAGGAACCCAGACAUAACGCCUAGAAGGGGGAGGAGGAUGAAAUCCAUUCUGAAUCCGAAUAUGAUGAACAACCCUAGGGCUAUAGCACCGAAGAUGAUGGAGAACAUGAAUAAUUAUAAUAAUCUCAACAAUUUGAAUAUGCUUUUUAAUAAUUUGGACAUGAACCAAAAAGCCAUGCUAGAGCGCCUCCAGCAAAUCCAAGCCGGAGCGCUGCCCAACGGCGUGUCCUUCAAGGACGUGCUCGUGCAGUUCGCGAACAUGCAGCAGAGCCCCGGCAUGCCCGGGAUGCCCAGGCCUCCGGAGACCGUCACAACCAGGCCUGAACAUGUCCCCACUCGCCCCGAGAGGAGACAGCAGACUCCCCGGGAGAGGCACGAGGAAACUAUACAGAAUAAGCAAGCAGAGCGCAUGGCCUCGCCGAGCCCGCGCCUGCCGCCGCCGCCGCCCUACCCCGAGAUCUCCCUGCUGCCCGUCACCACCAGCCAGGACACACCCACCACACAGAACUCGCUGCUACACGGCAUACUCACUAAGCAGGCGACCCCUGCACAGAGUUACUCGCCCACUCUGGCUAAACUGCUGACGUCACCGGAACGCAAGCAAGCGCCCAAUCUGCCGGCGUUCGGUCAGGCCAAGAAUUGCGGCGAGAUCACGAUAACGCCGGUGCAGCCGACGCCGCCGCCCGCCGACGCGCCGUGCGAGAAGGAGGAGGUCGUUCAGUUGGACGACGAGGAGUCCCCAGCAUCGGAAGGGUCGGCGGCGGCGUCGCCGGCCGACGGCGGGCGCCUGGUGAUCGACGAGGGCGCGGACGCGGCGCCGCCGUGCCAGGGCUGCCGCCGCCGCGCCGCGCAGUUCGUGUGCGCCGGCUGCGCCAACCAGUGGUACUGCUCCCGGGACUGCCAGGGCGCGGACGCGGCGCCGCCGUGCCAGGGCUGCCGCCGCCGCGCCGCGCAGUUCGUGUGCGCCGGCUGCGCCAACCAGUGGUACUGCUCCCGGGACUGCCAGGGCGCGGACGCGGCGCCGCCGUGCCAGGGCUGCCGCCGCCGCGCCGCGCAGUUCGUGUGCGCCGGCUGCGCCAACCAGUGGUACUGCUCCCGGGACUGCCAGGGCGCGGACGCGGCGCCGCCGUGCCAGGGCUGCCGCCGCCGCGCCGCGCAGUUCGUGUGCGCCGGCUGCGCCAACCAGUGGUACUGCUCCCGGGACUGCCAGGGCGCGGACGCGGCGCCGCCGUGCCAGGGCUGCCGCCGCCGCGCCGCGCAGUUCGUGUGCGCCGGCUGCGCCAACCAGUGGUACUGCUCCCGGGACUGCCAGGGCGCGGACGCGGCGCCGCCGUGCCAGGGCUGCCGCCGCCGCGCCGCGCAGUUCGUGUGCGCCGGCUGCGCCAACCAGUGGUACUGCUCCCGGGACUGCCAGGGCGCGGACGCGGCGCCGCCGUGCCAGGGCUGCCGCCGCCGCGCCGCGCAGUUCGUGUGCGCCGGCUGCGCCAACCAGUGGUACUGCUCCCGGGACUGCCAGGGCGCGGACGCGGCGCCGCCGUGCCAGGGCUGCCGCCGCCGCGCCGCGCAGUUCGUGUGCGCCGGCUGCGCCAACCAGUGGUACUGCUCCCGGGACUGCCAGGGCGCGGACGCGGCGCCGCCGUGCCAGGGCUGCCGCCGCCGCGCCGCGCAGUUCGUGUGCGCCGGCUGCGCCAACCAGUGGUACUGCUCCCGGGACUGCCAGGGCGCGGACGCGGCGCCGCCGUGCCAGGGCUGCCGCCGCCGCGCCGCGCAGUUCGUGUGCGCCGGCUGCGCCAACCAGUGGUACUGCUCCCGGGACUGCCAGGGCGCGGACGCGGCGCCGCCGUGCCAGGGCUGCCGCCGCCGCGCCGCGCAGUUCGUGUGCGCCGGCUGCGCCAACCAGUGGUACUGCUCCCGGGACUGCCAGGGCGCGGACGCGGCGCCGCCGUGCCAGGGCUGCCGCCGCCGCGCCGCGCAGUUCGUGUGCGCCGGCUGCGCCAACCAGUGGUACUGCUCCCGGGACUGCCAGGGCGCGGACGCGGCGCCGCCGUGCCAGGGCUGCCGCCGCCGCGCCGCGCAGUUCGUGUGCGCCGGCUGCGCCAACCAGUGGUACUGCUCCCGGGACUGCCAGGGCGCGGACGCGGCGCCGCCGUGCCAGGGCUGCCGCCGCCGCGCCGCGCAGUUCGUGUGCGCCGGCUGCGCCAACCAGUGGUACUGCUCCCGGGACUGCCAGGGCGCGGACGCGGCGCCGCCGUGCCAGGGCUGCCGCCGCCGCGCCGCGCAGUUCGUGUGCGCCGGCUGCGCCAACCAGUGGUACUGCUCCCGGGACUGCCAGGGCGCGGACGCGGCGCCGCCGUGCCAGGGCUGCCGCCGCCGCGCCGCGCAGUUCGUGUGCGCCGGCUGCGCCAACCAGUGGUACUGCUCCCGGGACUGCCAGGGCGCGGACGCGGCGCCGCCGUGCCAGGGCUGCCGCCGCCGCGCCGCGCAGUUCGUGUGCGCCGGCUGCGCCAACCAGUGGUACUGCUCCCGGGACUGCCAGGGCGCGGACGCGGCGCCGCCGUGCCAGGGCUGCCGCCGCCGCGCCGCGCAGUUCGUGUGCGCCGGCUGCGCCAACCAGUGGUACUGCUCCCGGGACUGCCAGGUGCGUGCCACCCCUAGCUGA